AAAACUACAAAACAGUAUGUUGGUUGAUCAGUCCCUUUCGAAUUACUCCAUCGCCAUGCCCACAUGGAGCCCUUCAAUCUUCAUUUUUUCUCUCUCGAAGCGUAGAAGACAAUCAUAAAUUUGAAAGGCACAGCUUCCGCUACUGUCUGAAAGGGACCCCUUUAUAUCCAAUUACCCCUAAAGCAAGCAAAAUUUGCACUAACACUUGAGAGCCAGAAAGCUCCGGCUCCAACUCUUGCCGCUUCUUCAGAUUCCGGGAAGCAUGAAACAGUUGCACAAGCAAUCGGCUGUGAACCACCGGCGAGACGAAGAGAUCCCCUUAGGGUUGGGGCCAGCCUCCCCGUACUCGCCCAAAACCUUCAAGCACCCGAGAUCGCUCCCUAGAUCCCUCAACUACCUUUUGAAAGAGCAGAGGCUCCUCUUCAUCCUUGUCGGCAUUCUCAUCGGCUCCACAUUCUUCAUCCUCCAGCCGACCCUCUCCCGCCUCGGCCCAUCCGAGCCCAACUCCUCGUCCUCCUCUGCCUCCAUCAUCCCACGCUCCUUGUCCACCUCCCAUAACGGCCAGGCCUCGGCCCAUUACCCAAGGACUCUCAGCAAGGUCGGGAGGGUUCCAGCUGGGAUUGGACGGCGGAGAUCGAGGAUCGUGGUCACCGGUGGGGCGGGAUUCGUCGGCAGCCACCUCGUCGACAAGCUUCUCGAUAGAGGGGACGAUGUGAUCGUCAUUGACAAUUUCUUCACCGGCAGGAAGGAGAAUUUGGUACACCGCUUUGGGGACCCCAGGUUCGAGCUCAUCCGACACGACGUCGUCGAGCCGAUUCUUCUGGAGGUGGAUCAGAUCUACCACUUGGCUUGCCCUGCCUCCCCGGUUCAUUACAAGUAUAAUCCUGUCAAGACCAUCAUAUCCUUCUCAAAUUUCUUCACAACUAAUGUGAUGGGUACCCUGAAUAUGUUGGGUCUAGCAAAGAGAAUUGGAGCGAGGUUUUUGCUCACGAGUACGAGUGAGGUUUACGGAGACCCACUUGAGCAUCCCCAGAAAGAGACUUAUUGGGGAAACGUGAAUCCAAUAGGUGAGAGGAGCUGCUACGAUGAAGGAAAGCGGACGGCUGAAACUCUGACAAUGGAUUAUCAUCGAGGUGCAGGUGUUGAGGUUCGUAUUGCUCGCAUUUUUAACACAUAUGGACCUCGUAUGUGUUUAGAUGAUGGACGUGUUGUUAGCAAUUUUGUUGCUCAGGCUAUCCGCAAAGAGCCUUUGACAGUAUAUGGUGAUGGGAAACAGACACGAAGCUUCCAAUAUGUCUCUGACUUGGUUGAUGGACUGGUAGCAUUAAUGGAAAGCGAGCAUGUGGGGCCGUUCAAUAUGGGUAACCCAGGGGAGUUCACUAUGCUAGAGCUUGCAGAGGUUGUCAAAGAAACAAUUGAUUCAAGUGCCACAAUAGAAUUCAGACCAAAUACUGCUGAUGAUCCACAUAUGAGGAAACCCGAUAUUAGCAAAGCAAAGGAACUGCUGAACUGGGAGCCAAAGAUAUCGCUUAGAGAGGGACUGCCUCGUAUGGUGGGUGAUUUCCGUAACCGCAUUUUGAAUGAAGACGAAGGAAAAGGUCUUUAAAUAAGAAUACAGCAAAACUAUCAUGUAUAGUGUGAAGUGCAUCUCUAUAUCUUUUCAUUCAUUCCAUUAUUAGCACCCUUAUAGUUUUAAGUCACGAGGAAAUUCUAGCAACAUGCCACUGUUUUAGGAAGAUGUACCCCUUGUUUUUUUACACUGUCUGCUUUGUCAGCCAAAAAAGCCACAUUUUUUUCGCAGUUUUUUAAUCACUUUUUUUUUUUAUUCCACCAUUUGUGGCACUGAACUUUUGGUAGCAAAAGACUACUUAAGCAGAGCCUAAAGAGGAUUAUGGUUUUGUUUUUGCAAGUAGGAUUACGAGUUUCAUUUGGAUCAGUACGAGGCUAUAAUUCUCUCUGUUGUAGCAGUGGUAGUAUGGUCUCCGGCGGAGUCAUUUUGGUCCAAAAUCAACCCACUUCAGCCCAUGCCUGUCCAUUAAAUGGGUUUGGUUUUGGUUUGGGUUUAGUCAGUGGUGACAUGGAGAUGAUUUAUUUCAUAGUUGAGAUUAAAUUUUACAGAUUUAAUGAUG